UAACAGCCUAUCUUUUCAUAUCCAGAACCAGCCAAAAGCCAAGAAAAGGCUGAAGUCUCUGGACACCUUCCGAGGCAUUGCCAUAACGUUGAUGAUAUUUGUAAACUAUGGAGGCGGUGGAUAUUACUUCUUCGGCCACGCCGCAUGGAAUGGUCUGCUGGUUGCCGAUCUUGUCUUUCCAUGGUAUGANAAAAAAGAACGAGACGGUAAUCUGGAAUUCUAUAGAAUUCCAGGUGUUCUUCAGAGAUUUGGAGUGUGUUACUUGUUUGUUGCCAUGAUGCAGUUGCUCCUCAGUCCGAACAAUAACCGCGAAAAGAAGGGACGCUGGUGGCAUGUGUUCCGCGACGUGUAUGGAAAGAAAGGGGGAAGAAAGAACUCAUUUACUAACAGUGUUGACUUAUUUACGUAUUAUUCUACAGACGGUAAUCUAGAAUUCUAUAGAAUUCCAGGUGUUCUUCAGAGAUUUGGAGUGUGUUACUUGUUUGUUGCCAUGAUGCAGUUGCUCCUCAGUCCGAACAAUAACCGCGAAAAGAAGGGGCGCUGGUGGCAUGUGUUCCGCGACGUGUAUGGCUUAUGGAAACAGUGGAUCUUUGCGUUGAUGCUACUUGCUGGUUUCCUUGCUCUCACCUUUGCAGUUGAUGUACCUGGAUGCCCGAAGGGCUAUAUGGGACCUGGCGGCCUGGGGGAAGGUUACCCAGAAGCGUUUAACUGCACUGGAGGAAUGGCAGGUUAUAUCGAUAGAAUCGCCUUGGAGAAGCAUAUUUACAGGUGGCCUACAAUUAAGGAUCUCUAUAAGACUGUCCUUCCAUUUGAUCCUGAGGGAAUCCUGGGAUGUCUCACCUCCAUCGUUCUAGUUUUCUUCGGUGUGCAGGCUGGUCACAUUUUGACAAUACAUUCUAAGCACAAGCCCAGGCUCAUAAGAUGGAUUAUCUGGGCAGUUUUAAUGACUGCGAUCGCAGUUGGCUUGUGCGGAGCAACCAAGAAUGAAGGCAUCAUACCAAUCAACAAAAAUUUGUGGUCAGUGUCAUUUAUCUUUGCCACGGGAGCUUCUUCUUUCUUCCUGUUUGCCAUUUGCUAUUUUUUGACGGAUGUCCUGGACUGGUGGAAUGGUGCACCUUUUUUCUAUCCAGGUAUGAAUUCCAUUCUUCUGUACGUGGGCCAUGGCAUUCUGUGGAGACACUUUCCCUUCAGCUGGGAGAUGGAUGAAUACGGCUCACAUGGAGAGAAGUUAGCUAUGAGCAUGACCGGCACCGCUCUAUGGGUUCUUAUAGCAUAUUACCUCUUCACUGUAAACGUCUUCCUUAAGGUCUAAACAUUAACGCCUCACAACGGUUACUAUGUCGACGAAACUAGUGUCUCUUUGUCUCUCCAAAUUAACAACACAAGAAGUUAGUUACCCGAGUCCUAGAGACUGGUUUUAAGAUUCCCUUUGCCUAGCUGUGUUUGAUAAUCUGCCGCGAAGUUUCUUUUUUUCUUUUUUUCUAUCUAGGAGUUGCAUGGUAUCAAAAACUUAAUUUCCGGAAACUGACGACAUUUAGGGAACUUAAGCCAACCACGACGGCAACGGCAACGAACACGUCACUAAACAAAAGAUUUACUAAGCAGAACAUUGGCUAUGCACUUGCGUUAUAAAUCUUUGUGCAUCUCGUAGCUUCCUCUGCAAAACAACCGUGAGUUUAAGAAAACCACGACGGCAAC